AUGUCCUGGUCACAGAUGGACUUUGACUCCAGCGGCGGCACGAAGCUUCUUCUUCGUCGUCUUGCCAGCUCACCGCUGGUUAGACGUACCUUGCCCAAUGCCGCCGCCAUCUGCCAGCAGUACUUCAGCUUUCGCCGUCAACCAGCAGAGUCGAUUGGGAACUUUCUUGUGAGAGAAACCCUUGUGCACGAGGAGUUUGUGGAAGCCAUUAUCAGACUUCAUGAUGACGGAGAUCCACCUCCCGGCGCAAGCCCAGGAAGACGAGAUCCUCCCGACGAUUCGGCGCUACCACGAGGCGCAACGGGAUCCUCGCCGAGUCACCGACCUGGUGAGUCCGGCUCACAGACGGGCUCCAAGAAAGGCGACACCGGCGAUGCGAAGGUUCCCUUGGACGAGCUCUGGUUGCGGAUUCGUUUAUCAUGGAUGUGUUGCGAGGCCGGAGAUUGUUACAAGCAGCUGGACUUAAUGCUGAUGAAAAACGAGAUAUACUCAGCACAACGAAGAACUCUCUCGACUCUCGACUACACCGUAAUCUCGACGGCACUUCAGACUUUGUGGAACGAUCAGCUGCUUGGCACUCACCGGCACCACUCAAGCUCCUACAACACCCACCUGAUCGACACUGUCGACGACCACACGGCCUACCAACAUGAGGUGAAUGAUUGGUGGGAUGAUGACGGAUGGGGCCAUGACUGGUGGUACGAGGAUGCCUACACGGACCACCACGAUCUUGGUGGGAGAGCGAGUGGCCACAAGAGGACGUGGUCGGAGGCGCAAUGCGCCACACAGGCCCUCAGGCGUGAUCGAGGCUUCGGUCUUCCCUCCAACGCCUCCUCCGGCAAGUGCUUCAUCUGCGGUGGUAACCAUUUUGCCCGCGAAUGCCAAGACCGAGCUCAUCAAGGAGGCAAGGGCGGCAAGAGCUAUCACCGAAACUACAUGACCGAUCUGGACGAGAACUACGCCUAUUGCUACGGCAAGGGCAAGUCCCAGGGAAAGUACAAGGGCAAGUCCAAGAAAGGCAUGGCCUUGGAGGCCCAAGCAUGGAUGAAGGGCAAGGCGAAAGCCAAAGGCAAGGGUGUUGGUGGCAAAGAUGGCCCGCGGAGUGUGAACGCGUACUCCUCUGAGUUCUUCCUGGGUGGCUUGGAAGUAUCUGAGGUCCUAGAAGCCGUGGCCUCGCAUGAUGUUUCCUCGACGCCGGGGACCAGCGUGAUUGAUUGCGGCGCCACGGCGUCGGCUGCCCCUGAAGCCGUGGUGCGGGGGCUCAUUUCUGCAGUUCUCACCCAGGACCGAGGCAUGACUGCGCGCGAUGCUGAGUUUGACGAGCAAGAGCUGUCGGCAGCCCGUGAUAGGUGCCACAAUUCCCUCGACAACUUCUUCUUCGCGGAGCAAUGGCGACGUCGUCAGCGGACAUGCACUGCACGAUCCGGACCCGGAGGUUGCUGCCCUGCUGGCGGAGUCGUAUCGGGUCAAGGCAGCCAAAGCCAAGGCCAAAAGCAGACCGAGGUCAUUCGAUGCGGCCCGGCGGAUGAAAGCGGAUCCAAGGGAUCCGAGGGCUCAAGCGGGCCAAUGGCCCUGCUUCGGGCGCCACCGACCAUCAGCGCCCGAGGCCAAUCCUCACGGGCAGUGGGUGGUUUGUUCGGUAUGCAACCUCCGGUUCAGACUCUGAACGCACCGAUGGUCACGAAGAUGUUAGACCCACUGCGAAAAUAU